AUGACCGUGUCAAAAAACCGGCAUAAAAUCAAUGUAGUUUUCAAUAUGGAGGAGGUUCCUGGACAAGCGCUCAAUAACCUUCAUGACAAUGAUCGGACGCACAUAUCGUGGCAGGUUGGCGGUAGUCAUUACGUUCGCUAUCUCGAUGACAAGAAUGUGUAUGUGCUUGGAGGCGGUAAGGACUGUGAUGUAUCAACGCCAUACGAACGUCUACACGCAAAACUACGCCGUGUUGUUGAAAAUGGCGUAACUUCAUAUACGCUUGAAAAAUCGCCCUAUAGAGAGUGCUCAGUUCUACUUAAUGGAGUUCCUUUGACUCUCCGGAAGAAAAUGUGGGUAUCGUCCGGCGAUGUCAUAAGCGCUUCAAACGGGCCUCGGAGCAUUCGUCUGCACUUUCACUGCAGUACCACAAACAUGGAAGUUGUCGUCCCUGAAUCGACUACUUCAAGUCAAACAGUAGAGAAUGAAAUUCGGACUGAUGAGAGAGUGCUGCAUAAAGGGAGUUCACGACGGUCCGGAAAGCGGCGACUGGAAGAAGUCGAUGCGGACCCACAGUCGAAGGUGAAAACCGAGGUAGAAUUGUGUGAUACGAAUGAAAGAUUGAAAAAAGACUUGUUCACAUGGUUCCUCGAGAUUGAAGAUCACCUAACGUGUAGUAUUUGCUUCAGUAUAUUUUACAAGCCGGCAAAUGUCGUACAGGCGAUAAGAAGUGUGGGGAAAGAUUCUCUGAUAAAUGCGUUUGUUUCCAUGUUUUUGGACUAUUUUCCAGAAAAAUCGCGAGAUGCUGAAGAUAUCCGUUUGAUGAACAAGAUCGAGUCUGACUUCGCCAGUCAGUUUGUGCCGCCUCCUCAAGAUGGUACCGCGUUGCUAUAUUCGCUGUAUCGUCGCAGAGACCUGAUUUUGUUCAGAAUGGGCAAUGUGGAAGAAAGCGAUGAGCUUGAGACGUGA